CAUUUCCCUCCAACCCACCGAGACUGAAUAGUCAAACUUGGACUCAUUUGCAGACCCUCUCUUCCUCGCAGCACCAAAACCCUAACUCCUACUGAAUUACUCCACUUCCACCUAAUAUUACCCGUCUCCGAUUCGAUUCAGUCCAACCAGAUAAUGAAUAUCUCUGAAAAUGAGCAUGGUGUCAAUGGGUUUCGAACUUUUGAUUGAGUUUAUGUGAAUCAAAAACCCAUUUGAGUAUAUAACUAUAUUCUGGUGGAGUUGAACAAUUUUGGGGCUGGUGGUUUUGAGAGUAACUAAGUUGUGGUUGAGAGAGGACAUUAGAGUAUAUAGGGUAAUGGAGAACCCGGGGUUGGCUGGUUCUUCUAUAAAGCGGUCGCCGUGGAAGAUGGCCGGAUUGCGAAGUUAUGAUGAGAAUCUAAUGGAUGAUCUGAUAGAGAAGCAUUUGGGUGGAACUUUUAAGAAGAAGAAGAAUAGGACAAAGGAGGAUUUGGAGAAAGAGACAGAGACUGAGGCCAUGAUUGCAUUCUCUCUUGGGUUCCCUAUUGACGCGCUUCUUGAGGAGGAAAUUAAUGCUGGGGUGGUCAAAGAGUUAGGGGGGAAGGAGCAGAAUGAUUAUAUUGUUGUGAGGAAUCAUAUUUUAGCAAGAUGGAGGAGUAAUGUUGGAGUAUGGCUCACGAAAGCACAGAUUAGAGAAACCGUGAGUGGUGAAUAUGAGGACUUGAUGGCAUUUAUGCCGAAGGAGGCAAAUGAAGGGUCUGUUGUUAUUGUUGGAGCAGGGCUUGCUGGACUAGCGGCUGCAAGGCAUCUAAUGUCAUUGGGUUUCAAGGUGGUUGUCUUAGAAGGUAGGAGUCGACCUGGCGGAAGAGUUUACACCCAAAAGAUGGGGCAUGACGGCAAAUUUUCUGCUGUGGAUCUCGGUGGCAGUGUCAUUACUGGCAUUCAUGCUAACCCUCUUGGAGUUCUGGCCAGGCAACUUUCUAUUCCACUUCAUAAGGUCCGGGAUAACUGCCCGUUGUACAAACCUGAUGGUACACCUGUUGAUAAGGACAUUGACUCUAAGAUUGAAGUGAUCUUCAAUAAGCUGCUGGACAAAGUCAUGGAACUCAGGCAAACUAUGGGUGGGUUUGCAAGUGAUAUUUCACUAGGUUCAGUUUUGGAGACACUUAGGCAGUUGUAUGCUGUUGCUAGAAGUUCUGAGGAGAGGCAACUUCUUGAUUGGCAUCUUGCAAAUUUAGAAUAUGCAAAUGCUGGAUGUCUAUCAAACCUUUCGGCUGCCUAUUGGGAUCAGGAUGAUCCUUAUGAAAUGGGUGGGGACCAUUGCUUUCUCGCAGGACGUAACUGGAGAUUGAUAAAAGCAUUGUGUGAAGGAGUUCCUAUUUUCUAUCAAAAGACUGUGGAUACUAUUCGUUAUGCAGAUGGAGGGGUUGAAGUGAUCGCAGGGGAACAAGUGUUUCGAGGGGAUAUGGUCUUGUGCACUGUUCCUCUUGGAGUUCUAAAGAAAGGAGCUAUUAAAUUUGAACCUGAGUUGCCCCAAGAAAAACUUGCAGCAAUUCAAAGGUUGGGUUUUGGGCUGCUGAACAAAGUAGCUAUGGUUUUCCCUCAUGUUUUCUGGGGAGAAGAACUGGAUACUUUUGGAUGUCUCAAUGAACACAGUCAGAAACGUGGAGAAUUCUUUUUGUUGUACAGUUACCAUACUGUUUCUGGAGGUGCAGUUCUAAUUGCACUCGUUGCUGGAGAAGCUGCACAUACAUUUGCCACAGAGCCCUCCAGCUUGCUUCAUCAAGUUGUAAGUGUCCUCAGAGGUAUUUAUAGUCCCAAGGGCGUCGUUGUGCCUGAUCCAAUACAAACCAUAUGUACAAGAUGGGGGAGUGAUCCCCUUUCCUAUGGUUCAUACUCUCAUGUCAGAGUACAGUCAUCUGGUAGUGAUUAUGAUAUACUUGCAGAAAAUGUGGGCAACCGGCUGUUUUUUGCAGGUGAGGCAACACAUAGGCAACAUCCAGCUACUAUGCAUGGGGCUUUCUUGAGUGGCCUAAGAGAGGCAUCAUGCAUGUAUCGAGCUCCAAGGAGUAGCCAAAACAAUGUCAGGAAAGUAUCACAAAAGAACGCUGGACCCAGCAAUGACAUGCUAGUAGAUCUAUUCAAGAACCCAGAUCUAUCGUUUGGGAAGUUUUCGUUUGUAUUUGAUCCUACAACAGAGGAUCCAAAAUCAGUAGGACUUAUGAGAGUUAGUGUUGGGAGAAAUGAAGACAGUUAUAAGCAAGAGUUGGUAAACAGCUUGCCGCAUUCUUUAAACCUACCAUUGCAGCUUUAUGCAGUUGUAUCUCAUGAGCAAGCUUGUGAAUUAGAGCUGGUGACAGAAGAAAGUAGGUUGUCGUACUUGGCAAAAGACCUUGGUUUGCAACUGAUGGGACCUAGUGCCCUAUGAUCUGCAGGUAAUUCCUUGGCAAUUAGUAUUGUGAAUGCACGAAGAGGCAGGGGAAAGAAUCGAUCUUUUGCUUGGCGGCAAUAGUUUACAGUCUCAACUGUCAAGAGCUUGAUGUUUUGGUCUUUGUGUAUUGACAUGGAAUCUUUUGUACUACACAUAUAUAGGUUCUUGGAUUUAGUUCAGUGUGCAUUGUUUUCGAGUGCACAAUUUUGUAUAUGAUUGGAAAUGGAGGCUUGUUAGAUUGAUGACAUUGAUUGCUGAAGUGGAAUUUCGGAAACAGCUAAAUCAGACAGGUCGCAGAAGCAUAAAUAUAUGAAGGUUUGUAAACAUUAUACUCCCUUCUCUUCUUUUGCGUAACCUUGCAUCUGUAUUGCUGGAUCAUUUAAGGUCU